CUGUCGAUGAGAUGGACUACGACCUACAGGAUAGCAUGGACAGCACGGUGGCUUAUGCAGUGCAGUUGGCCAUGAAGGACAAGGAGGAGCGACUGGUAGAUCAGGCUCUCGACCGGAUACGACACGCGCAGGUUCAGGGCCAGAAGAACGUGCGUUUAUCGAAACGGGAGCUAGAGGCGAUAGAACGCAUGCGGACCGGGUCGAGAAGCGGAACCGAGCAAGAUACCCGUGCCAACGCUUGGAAAGGGACGUUGUUUGACAAUCGAUACCUGAAGCCUCCUGAAAGUUCCAGCCAGCGAGUUGCAGGGGAAGCACCUCGUAGUGGUGGUUCCUAUGUGUCAUCCUCCCCGAGAAAGCACAGCGUGCCGUCUCCCCUUGCAGAAAACAACAGUGCUUAUGCCUUUUGGGCGCGCACUUCGGGUGCUUCUCACAACCCCGAAGCCUCACCCCGAUCGCCAUCUUCUCGCUCUCAGUCUAGUCACACGCCCCCUCGAUCUCCACUUCAGCCAGCUUACUCCCUGGAGCGUUUACCAGCAGUACCUCUUGUUCGCAAUCCUGGCUCCAUGCGGAGGCCGGCCUUCACGCGUCCUCUCCACGACGAUACCCAAUGGGUAUCCUCCCAUCGGCCCCUUCAUCCUAUAGAAUCUCCGUCGUACCCGCUAGAUCCUCGACGCGACUCGGUCGGCCAUUCAGGAAAGACAUCGAUAUCUAGUUAUCGGAAUAUUUUUGACGAUCGUCCUAACAGCGCACGGAGUGCGACUAUGAAUCAAGGGUGGCCGGGGAGAGUGACGGAGCAAUACCCCCGAGAGGAUGGAGCAAAUCGAAGCAGUGGGUUGGAGGACAGUAGCGAUGAAGUGCACAUAGUAGACGUGUUGGAGCGGCGAGUGCCGCUUGGCAUGCCAACGCGGGUGCCAGUUGGGAGAGGAAGUUAUCAUCGCGGCAGUCGUCCCUGAAGCUCCGUAUGCUUGUGCCUGUAACCUAUGAAGCGUGUCCUGGAGAUUUGUUUGGAUUAGAGUGUCCUUUAGCUAUCCGACUCAAAAGCAAUUGUCAUUGUCACCGUGCGAUGCGAAGAUCCUAGCAGGUACGUGGAUACGUGGUAACUUAUUUGGCGGGGUGGAUCAAACAAGGAAGAAGUACCAACGUAACUGGUUCACGACUAGCCUAGCAAGUGGGUUUAGAGUCAGCAUAUGAAUAUGGAUAUGAAUAUAUACAUAUAUAUGUAUUAUUUGAGCGUAAGUAUAGUAACUGAGCGGGCUGCCUUCGGAUGUAAUCACCUGACCCAAGAAAGAAAAGGGAAAGGGAUAGAGAAA